AUGGACAAACGUCAAUCCCUUCAAGGGGCUGUAGACGAAAAUCACCACUCUGACAUAUGCUGGGCGUUUAAGCGAACUGGUGCUUGCAAGUUUGACAAACGAUGCCGCUAUCAGCAUCCGGUUACCUCCUCGAAGUUGGCCAAGGAGACUCCAAGCGAACUUACAGAUUUCUUUGACAACAAUGGACUUGGAGUCUCCACACAGAGAAUUGAUGGCAAACUGCGCGAGUGGAAGUGCCUACUUGGCAAUGGAGUCACCAUCUCACGCCCGCCGCCGGCAGUCGUGAGCCGAUUCUUUAAACUGGGCCUAGAGCUCAUGGAAGGGGAUGUCGGUUCCUCGCAAGAGGUUAUUAAGCGACUCGCAAACGAUCAAGGCCUUCCAUUUAUAAAGGACGUUGUCGAACGACAUCUUGCUGUGGCUCUUCAGAUGGGCCCCAGCAUCACCUUCUGGACCACAGAAGUGAAGCCACUGUUCCAGUUGAUCACUCACCCCCGGGUUAUCGACUCGUCCGUUCUGGAGCAAGAGGUUGUGACUAUAUUCAACUUUAUUCUUGGAGUUGGAGGGUCUCGCAUGAAUCGACUCUUUGGAUACCUGGCGCUGCUCGUGACAAAGUGGCCCCAUGAAACUGAUACCACAUCCAAGAUGUCGGUGGUAGAACUUUCACUCGCAGUCUUGUCCAAAGUUCUCGAUUGCAAUACUUCCAACAUUGUCAACCAGAGCUUCGCUAUACUAGCCACCCAGUUUGCAGAAACAGUUGCCGCAAUCUCGGAUGAGCAGGAAACGUUUGCUACCCUACAGUCUGUGAAGUACAUCGAUUAUAUCAGGCGACGGCUGCAAGUCGGCGAAGACAUUCCCGAAAUGUCGGAUCCGCCAAGGGACCCUGUUGUGAGAGAGGAAUUUGUCCUGCGCAGAGACCUGCCUGGGACCUUGUCGGCCGAAGGGCCAAGGCACGACAACGAUUUUACAGAUAUAUCGAAAAUCAGCAUUCUACCAACCUGCGAAGAAAUCACGUCGCCGCGAGCAGAGUAUCUCCCCACCAACGAUAGUUCUCAGUGGCACAUUGGCGGCAUUCGCGGCCGUCUCGACAGAGAAUUCCGCCUCCUGCGCGAGGAUACUGUCGGCCAACUCAGAGACACAGUGAGAGAUGUACUUGAGCACUUGAGAUGCCCCCAGGAGGCGCACAGCGCGGUCAAGAACACCCUGAGAACAUAUACAUACGAGAACCCCGUCCCGAUGAAGGUCGACUUUCGUCGGAAUGGUGGUCUCGAACUGCACGUUCGUUGUAGCCAGUUGAUGGCUGCCGCUAAACUUACCAAGAAGCAACGAGAAGAGUGGUGGCAACGCAGUCGUAGGCUCCAGGCUGGUGCACUCGUCUGUGUGAUUUCCGCCUCCGGUCAAGUCCAGUUCUUUGUUGUUUCUCAGUCUACAUUGAGAAGCCAGAGCGAACCACGCUUUCCACCGCCAAAAGACAAAAUAGCAAGCACUGAUGAGGGAGACCACCAGCAAGUUUGGACCCUAUCAGAUGAUCCAGACUACUUGUUUGUUACUCUGAGACUUGUCGAGGAUAAAGUCGAAGAUGUGAAGGAAUUGCUUCAGUGGUAUGGUGUCGUCAGCAACCACCACCAGCAACGCUACCUUGUCGAGUUUCCCGGUGUUCUCCUCGACUCGUUUAGGCAUACACUAGCAGCCCUUCAACAGAUGUAUAAACAGCAAGAUAUGCCUUUCAGUCAGAUUUUGGCACCUGCUUCAAAUGCUGGGGCUGAGGUGGUCAUCGAGCCAGCUCUCUACGCCAGGAAGCCGGGGUUCUAUUUUGAUCUUAGCUGUCUCCAGGACGGCCUUGUGGUGUCUCCUACAAACCUACCAGAUUCUAUUGAACUAGCGGCGGUUUCAACUCUUGAUGCAACGCAAUCAGCUGCGAUUUUGAACACCCUGUCGAGAGAAAUUUCUCUCAUUCAGGGUCCACCCGGGACUGGCAAGAGCUACACCGGAGAGAAGAUCAUCCAGGUGCUGCUGGGGAACAAGAAAAGGGCCAAGCUAGGACCGAUUCUAUGUGUAUGCUACACAAAUCAUGCUUUGGAUCAACUGCUUGAGCACCUUUUAGAUGCUGGAGUGAAAGGCGUAAUACGAAUGGGCUCCCGGUCAAAGUCGGAUAAAAUGGCAAAUCUCAACCUGCAAAACAUCGUCAAGCUUUUUGCAAAAACAAAAGAAGAAGCGGCAAAGCUAGGUCGAGCCGAGAGCGGUAUAAAGCAGGUUAUCCAAGACGUCAGUCGUUCUCUUCGAGAAUUGGCGGACUGCGAAUCAUGGGGCUCCCUCAAAGCAUUUCUUCUGGAGAACUAUCCCCAUCAAUAUGAAAGUAUCUUCCCAUCAGAGGAAGAUGGGUGGAUUGAAGUCACGCGCCACAAGCCGGAACAAAGAUUUGAAAGAUGGCUGCAUACAGGAGACGAUGCUGACGCUGUGCCGAGAGAUAUUUCGAUCCUGGAGCAAUCAGAUUUGUGGGGGAUGAACCAUCCUGAGAGGCUGAUUUUAUUUGAAUACUGGAUGAAAAGAAUCAGAGAUCCCAUUAUACGUCUGAUUUCUGAGCUUCAUAACGAGUACUCGGGACACAUUGAGGAGCGAUCCAAGGUCGGCAACGACUUGAGCCUUCGCUGCCUUCAGCAGGCCAACGUUAUAGGCCUUACAACGACUGGCCUAGCCAAGAAUAUAAAGCUCCUCCGCCGUUUAAGAAUCAAAGUGCUGCUUUGCGAAGAAGCAGGCGAAGUACUGGAAGCUCACAUAUUGACGGCCCUGCUUCCGUCGUUGGAGCAUGCAAUCCUGAUUGGUGACCACCUGCAGCUUCGCCCUCAAAUCAACAACUAUGAGCUGCAAAGCACCAACCCGUGCGGUGUUCAGUACUCUUUGGACAUGUCACUAUUUGAGAGACUAGUCAUACCGCCGCAUGCUACGGAUCCCCGUUUCCCAUUCAGCUCUUUGGAGACACAGCGUCGGAUGCACCCAUCGAUCUCGGCGCUCAUCAGACCGACGCUGUAUCCGGAUCUUAACGACUCCGAGGGCGUCCAUAUGUAUCCGCAGGUGGUUGGCUUGAAGAAAAGACUGUUCUGGAUGCAUCAUGAACAACUCGAAGCCGGGGCCUCUGUGCACGAUCCAUUGAAUACAUCUCACUCCAACGACUUUGAAGUGGAGAUGACAACGGCGCUUGUUUCUCAUCUUGUCCGACAGGGCGAGUACCAACAAGGGCAGAUAGCGGUGUUGACUCCAUACCUUGACCAGCUUCACAGGCUUCGUCACCGUAUGGCUUUGAUAUUUGAGAUUUCCCUGAAUGAAAGAGACCAGGAUGAGCUGGCGGCCUUGGAGGUUGACACGGAUCUUUCUUCAAAGCCGGGCCCACCAAAUGCGAGCAAAAGCUCUCUUCUCAAAACCAUCAGAAUCGCCACUGUUGACAACUUUCAGGGCGAGGAAGCCGAAAUCAUUGUCGUCUCGCUCGUCAGGAGCAACACUCAAAACAGAUGUGGGUUUCUCAGCACGCCCAACAGAAUCAAUGUGCUCUUGUCUCGGGCAAAACAUGGAAUGUACAUCAUCGGCAACUCAAACACAUACAGAAGUGUGCCCAUGUGGAAUGACGUGAUCAACAUUAUGGACGCACAAGGAAACAUUGGCACUAGCAUCCAACUUCAGUGCCCGCGCCAUCCAGAUACACCGAUCCUGUGCCCAGACAUCAAGUUUUGUCAAUCCUGCGCCCCUGAAGACAUCAAGUCUGUUUGUGUGGACUUUCUCGAGAUGAAGGAAUACCGAGACAUCGACCUCGACCAAGAUCCAUGCAUCUUUCCCGAUUGCGGCCAUUUCCUGACUGUGGCCUCCAUGGAUGGUCAAAUGGACAUGAUGUCGCAUUACGACACGGAUGAGAAUGGAAUGCCGGUCGGUAUCUACAAAAAGUCGGAACCAUUCUCGAUGGACGGUGUCGGAGUGAGGGUUUGCGCAACGUGCAGAGGGUCGCUUCGAAACAUUGCAAGAUACGGCCGAAUCGUACGCCGCGCCAUUCUCGACGAGGCCACAAAGAAGUUUAUUUCCUGGUCGCACAAGCAAUACGGACUGCUUUCCUCCAGGUACUUGCUGGAGCAAGAAGCCCUCAGCGACGCCGGCGUCUUGGGCGCCGUCACAGCACGCGCGAAGCCCAGACGCUCAAAGUCUUCAGUGUUGCGAUUUAUGUAUCUGGAUUGCCUGGAGGAACACGUCCUAAGCGAGCGGUACGGCGAAUUGCUCGCAACAUGGAUGGAUAUUCGCCUUUUUGCCAACGAUGUCAAGGUAGAUGAGCAGCCCUUCCAGCGAGUCGCCGACCUGGUCCGCCAUGCCAACCGCCAGCACAAAACAAACAAGGAGUUCAAGUUUGACGAAACCGUCAUUCAGAUGAAGGGCUACAUUCUCGCACGCACCUUGCUCCUCAAGUGCGAGAUGGAAAUCCUGAGCGACUUCUUCGCCAGAUGCAACGGCAGGGCCCGGCUGCCCUUGAAAUUUGUCCUCGACUUCACACAACAGUUUCGGGAUUGCGAGGAAGUGAUCCAGCUCGCGAACAAAUCAGUGCACCCCAAGGAAGAGGUCCAGGCGCUCAUAUUCGAGGCCCAGCUUUGCGCGCUGUCGUGCAAGGUCGAUGCUUGCUCGGUGCCGCCGGGUUUCGAAGGAGGCGCUGUCCCGGGCAAAGAUGCCGUGCGGGCGUAUGGGUAUGCGCUCCUGGAGAGAGCCAGGGAGAUGUCUCAGGUGUACCCGUCUACCAUGAUAUUCGCCGGCGAGAUUGACGCUGUCGCGAGCUCUCUCGAUGGGUCGUACCGGCCACUUAGCAAAGAGGAGAUGCGCAAUGUUGUCGAGGCCAUGGCUGGGGAUAUCGGCACGGGGGGCCGAUGGUAUUACUGCGAGAACGGCCACCCUUUUACGAUUGGAGAAUGCGGGAGGCCCAUGGAAGAAGCGCGAUGCUCCGAGUGUGGUGCUCAAAUCAGCGACCGGAACCACAGGCUAGUGGCGGGAGUGGGCGAGGCCACUGAGCUCAAUGAGAUUACGCGUGGAAUGGAGAGAAUAGUGCUAUAG